UGCGCGCGGGAGCUCCUUCCAUCACUUGGACAUUCUUAUUACCAGAAUUCUAAAGGUACUGAUAGAAUCAAAGAUGGACACAAAGUGAACGCUCAUGUUGCCAAGUUGCAAGAGUUAUGGAAAACUCCUCAAAUUCAAACAGUUCACAUCCCUAAAUCAAUGACAGAUAUGUCCUUUCUAAAGCAUCCAGACCUCACCACAGGCCAGAAGCGUUAUCUGUGCAGCUUUGCUAAGAUCUAUAAUGCAAACUAUCUGCGGAUGUUAAUGAAGAGACAAUACAUGCAUGUGAUCCAGCGCAGCUCACAAAAGCCAGGUGUACUCACACAACAUAGGAGCCGUCUCAGCGCUCGUUACUUACAGAAGCAGCAUUAUCCCUGCACUACAUGGCGACAUCAACUGGAGAGAGAGGACUCAGAACCUUCUAAUAUGGCAGCUAUAUCUGCACCUGAAAUGAUCAGAGAACAUUCCCUUUGGAGUCCAGUGAGAAACAAAGAAAGUUUAAAAACUGGAUAUGCAUCAAAAACAAGAUGUAAGUCACUGAAGAUUUUUAGAAAACCAGAUAGAAUGUUCAUGCAAUCAGUUUCUACAAAUGAUUCUGAGCCAUACAUGAAUGAAGAAAAAAAGGAGGAAGAUUUACUAAAUAAGUAUAUGCAAUCAAUGUCAAUUGAAGAAAAUGGAGAACAUCUGAUGUUAACUUGACAGUUCUUAUUUUGUAUAUUAAUGAUGUGCCAAAGGUGGUUGGUAAGGGCUGUGAAUUGUAUGUAUCCCCUCUCCACAUUUAACAUAGUGUUAUUAUUCAUCAUUAAGUAAUUUUGGUUUGUUCAGAAACUUUCACAAGUGUAGUUAGUAGGUUUGAUGUAGUUCCACAUACCCAAUAUUUGUGUGAUAAAAUUUGUAUGCUUGUAUUUCUAGAG